AUGCUCGCUUGGCGAUUCGCCCUCCGUCAGCUGUGCCCCGUAGCAGUCCGUUCGCAUUUGCUCGCUACAAUGCAAGCAGUGCGGUCAGAAGGGACAACGGAGGAUCACCUUCAAUGGACUGCUGCCACUGACGGGGACAACGACAACGGGGAUUGCGACGUGUCCGCCUCCUUCACCUUACCGUCUUCGGCGUUUCCAUUUCAACCAUCUGUCAGUUCGUCUAUAGAUGACGGUACGGUAGAGGACGAAACUUUAUCGGCACGAAAUGAGCAGAAGUUGAACCGCUCCCGAAUAAAAGUGAGCACUAGUUGGCUAGGCUCAUCAUUCCGCAGGCAGUUGUUAAAAUCGAUGCAGCGCACUUGUGGAUUCUGCAACGCUCAAUCUCGUACGGACAUUGAAAUUGUGACAAACGAAAAUUCAUCAAUACAAUAA